GCGCUUGUCGACGAUAGUUGUCUCCCCUUCUUGGGAACCUGCUGCGUAGCGUAAUCGUGGCAGCCCAAACUUUCCGGCGCCGAAAAAAAUGACUGAAGGGACACCGCCAAGACCUGACCUUGUGUUGUUCGAGAACUCGCUGCCUCUGUUAACAAAAAAGGAUAGCCAGGCCCGGCGUCGACUCAAUCAACGACCACCGCCGCUGCCAUCCAACAGAAGAAAGCGCCAUUCAACUGAACCGCGACAUGCUCAGGCAAUCAGCUUUUGUGGUUCGGAAUCCUCUUUCCACAGUCGUCACUACCAAGAACAAGCUGCCGGAUCUUACCUGCACCAGUGCUUCCAUGUGGACCGGAAACUGGGCGAAGGUUCUUUCGGAGUGGUGUACAAGGUAAGGUGCCUGGAUGAUGGCCGUUGGUAUGCGGUCAAGGUAGCCAACCGCCAGUUUCGGGGCCAGCGUGAUCGUCGGCUGCAGCUGCAGGAGGUUGCCAAGCACGAGCUACUGCCACCGCACCCGCACUGUGUGCGUUUCAUCAAGGCCUGGGAGGAGGACUCCCGCUUGUACAUUCAGACUGAGUUGUGCCAAUGCACCCUGGCUGCCUACGCUGAGAAGCACCACAACUUGCCCGAGCAGCUCGUGUGGGAGUUUCUGGUCGACCUGCUGCUGGUCGUGAAACACAUGCACGGCCAUGAUCUGGCCCACCUGGACAUCAAGCCAGAAAACAUCUUCAUCUCCAAAGAUGGCUACUACAAGCUGGGCGACUUUGGUCUCGUCCUUGACCUCAAUCAGGAUAAGUCCUCAGAACCUCGGGAUGGUGACCCACGCUACCUCGCACCGGAGCUGAUGGACGGCAAUUUCACGAAGGCAGCCGACAUCUUCAGUCUAGGCAUCACGGUGCUCGAGCUGGCGUGUGAUCUAGAGCUGCCCAGUGGAGGUGAAAGCUGGCACGUUCUACGUUCCGGAAUUCUACCCCAUUACUUCACACAAAGUCUUUCACCACAGCUGCGUGUUGUGAUAGAGCAGAUGCUGCACCCCGACCCUGAGCAGCGGAUCACAGCCGACCAGCUGCUGGCCCAGCCGGCCAUUUAUAGGGUGAGCCGUUGGCGAAGGCUCUAUGUGGCACGAAGGAGAGCGGUCGGCUGGGUGAAAGACCUGCUGCUACUGACCUGGUUCUGGGUGCAGCCGUUCCUUGAAGGCGCCUGGAGCUGGGUUUUUUCCUGCAUCAAGAUGCCCCUCCCAACCAGCCCUCCCAAUGUCACUCGUCGGACACCAGUCCAGAACGCCAUUUUCUCCGAUGGUCUGUGA